CGGAAGUGGUUUCUGAGUUCCACGGAGGCUCUCUAGGCCUGGAAAGCAGAGUCUCUGUAGCCGGAAGUCAUCCAGGCUCAGGCUGCGUUCACCCCAGCCGGUUUGGAAGGCAGGCAGCUAGCUCCAGGUGGCCGGCAGAAUGGCAGAUCGUGCAGAGCUGGAGGAACUGGUGCGGCUUCAGGGAGAGCGCGUGCGGAGCCUCAAGCAGCAGAAAGCCAGCGCUGAUCAGAUCGAGGAGGAGGUGGCGAAACUCCUGAAACUGAAGGCACAGCUGGGCCCUGAUGAAAGCAAACAAAAGUUUGUGCUCAAAACACCCAAGGGCACAAGAGACUACAGUCCCAAGCAUAUGGCAGUUCGGGAGAAAGUGUUUGAUGUAAUCAUCCGCUGCUUCAAACGCCAUGGUGCAGAAGUGAUUGAUACACCUGUGUUUGAACUAAAGGAAACACUGACUGGAAAAUAUGGAGAAGAUUCGAAGCUUAUUUAUGACCUGAAGGACCAGGGAGGGGAGCUGCUGUCCCUUCGUUAUGAUCUCACUGUUCCUUUUGCUCGGUAUUUGGCAAUGAAUAAACUGACCAACAUUAAACGCUACCAUAUAGCAAAAGUAUAUCGGCGGGAUAACCCAGCCAUGACCCGAGGCCGAUACCGGGAAUUCUACCAAUGUGAUUUUGACAUUGCUGGACAAUUUGACCCUAUGAUCCCUGAUGCAGAAUGCCUGAAAAUCAUGUGUGAAAUCCUGAGUUCACUUCAGAUAGGCAACUUCCUGGUCAAGGUAAAUGACCGGCGCAUAUUAGAUGGGAUGUUUGCCGUCUGUGGUGUUCCAGAUAGCAAGUUCCGUACCAUCUGUUCCUCAGUAGACAAGCUGGAUAAGGUAUCCUGGGAGGAAGUGAAGAAUGAGAUGGUGGGAGAGAAGGGACUUGCACCUGAGGUGGCUGACCGCAUCGGAGACUAUGUUCAGCAGCAUGGUGGGGUGUCCCUAGUGGAGGAGCUGCUCCAAGAUCCUAAACUAUCUCAAAACAAGCAGGCCUUAGAGGGCCUGGGAGACCUGAAGCUGCUGUUUGAGUACCUGACUCUGUUUGGCAUUGAUGACAAGAUCUCCUUUGACCUGAGCCUUGCUCGAGGGCUAGACUAUUAUACGGGGGUGAUCUAUGAGGCUGUGCUGCUACAGACCCCAGCCCAGGCAGGGGACGAGCCCCUGGGUGUGGGCAGUGUGGCUGCUGGAGGGCGCUAUGAUGGACUAGUGGGCAUGUUUGACCCUAAAGGGCGCAAGGUACCAUGUGUGGGAGUCAGUAUUGGAGUGGAGCGCAUCUUCUCCAUUGUGGAACAAAGACUGGAGGCUUUAGAAGAGAAAGUACGAACCACAGAGACACAGGUGCUUGUUGCAUCUGCGCAAAAGAAGCUGCUGGAGGAGAGACUGAAACUUAUCUCAGAGCUGUGGGAUGCUGGAAUCAAGGCUGAACUGCUCUACAAGAAGAACCCAAAGUUACUGAACCAGUUGCAGUACUGUGAGGAAACAGGUAUCCCACUAGUGGCCAUCAUCGGUGAGCAGGAGCUCAAGGAUGGGGUCAUCAAGCUCCGUUCGGUGGCUAGCAGAGAAGAGGUGGAUGUCAGAAGAGAAGACCUUGUGGAAGAGAUCAGAAGGAGAACAAACAAGACCCCUUGCAUCUGCUGAAUUGAGUGAUGUAGGAAGCUGGACUUGGCAAUAUUUAAAACCAAAACAGAACUACAUAUGUACUUCAAAGCUUGGCACACUUCAGGUUUCAGCAGAACAUUUGAAGAGUUUUCAGAACAAAAUCUAAUUUGUUUCUGUUAUGAUUAUUUUAUUGGUAAUCACUGGCAAAAAAAAAAAAAAUGGCCAGGACUAUGCCUAUACGUUUACAACUAUAUUACCACUUUCUAUAGAAGACCCAGUCACUGCCUCCUAAACUUCUGGAAUGGACCUGAGGUGGCCUCAAAUGCAAGAAGACCCCACACCAGUUGGAGCAGAUGACUACCCACAACCUAUCACCAAAGGUCCAAUAAAAACAC